UAGGCAUUAUGGCGAUUGUUAUAUACAAGUUACCACGCCAAAUUAUGGUGACCAAAAAUGGCGAACAAAAUGUUCAUGAUUUUGUUGUCAUGAACGAAGAAUUGAAGCCUAUUAUGCUAACACUUUGGGGAACGUUUGCUGUAAACCAAGGGGUUCAACUUGAAUUACAACUUCGGCAAGGGAAAUUCCCCAUUAUACUUGCUGAAGGAUUGAACGUUAAUGCAUUCCAAGGGUUGUCACUGAGUACACUAUAUAACACAUCAAUUGAAGUUGAUCCUGUUGGCCACGUUACAAAACUAGACUUAGCUGACUCAAACGAUGGUUUGUUUAGGCAAUCGUUGAUGCUAGGAAAUCCCACGAAAAGAAGGCUUGAUUUUAGCCAAUUAUCGGGAGACAGUGUAGACGAUUCGCAAGCAAGCAGUCCACCAAAUGAUAAAGGGAAAAAGCCUAAAAUUGGUUGA